AUGCCAAGGACACGCAAGAGAAGGAAGACGACGCCGGAUUCGAAGGCCAUGGCCUCGCCUGAGAACCUUGAUGCGACUACUCCAGUCCUACCUACAGGUAUGCCUACUUGUGCCGCAACGCAAACUCUUGAAAGCGACACCCUCGUCACGAUUCUCGCAGGACCCCACGAAGUGAAACAAGUUGUGCACAAGGAUCUCCUCUGUGCGACCUCAAGAUUCUUCGACGCAGCAUUCAACGGAGGCUUCAGGGAAAGUGCGACCAAAGAACUCAAGCUACCAGAAGACGAUCCGGAUAUCAUCAGGUUUCUAUGCGAAUGGCUUUAUGCAAAAUCCUCUCGCGAAAAGUGGUGUUUCAAACCCCUUCAGAGCAGCUGGGAGUUAGACACAUUCUGGCUAGAGGUAUACAUCGCAGCGGACAAGUUCUUCAUCCCUGACAUGGUGGUGAGCGCUUUCCUGGAGAUCUGGCAAUUGUUCAGCGUGUGGCAUCCCACCAUUCCCAGUGUGACCUUCAUUGAUACACUCUACCGGCUUGACGAACCACCGGCUCUCCAUUGUGUCCAAGCGUGGAUCGCAGAGCACUUUAUGCAGUGGGCACCGGACUCUGCCAGAGAGCGUGACUAUCGCGCACUUCUGCAAGGAAACGACCGCCUCGCCGCUAUGGUGCGUACAGCCAUUGCUUAUCAUGAUCAGGAGGAUAGAGGAACACCCUCGCGUUACUCUGCCCCCGCUGCAGCCUUUCAAGAAAAGUAUAGAAUUUGGGUUCCGAGGUUCACGGUGAGGAGACCAUACAGAUGGAGUGUGUCGCUGCGACCUUUACGUGAGUGA